GUUAAUCAUUUGACAACCUGAUAACGCCUUCAAACUGCGGAAGCAAUUGAUAGAUGCUAAAGUCCAACCUGACACAUGGAGUUACAUUUCUGAUUUUUCUGCAGCUUUAAGAAUUAAGAAUGCUGGAUCUUCAGAACGCUUCCAAGGUGAUGGAAGAGCAGCAGCUUGAACCUAUCACUGACAUUAGAAUGGUGUCCAAGAAAGAAGCACCUGCACAUUACUAUGUGGUUGCACAAACAACAGAUGGCUACGACGCUGACCUGUGGAAGGACGGCAUAUUCAAAUCCAAGGUCACACGCUAUCUCUGUUUCACCCGCUCCUCCUCCGCUGAAAAUACCCAAUUAAGAAAUGUUCUGGUGGAUAUGAAGUUGACUGACCUGAAGGACGCACUGCCAGAGGGCUUCACACCCAUCCAAGAAACCAUGGACACUCAUGAGUUAGCAUUGAGGAGGAAGAGGCUGUAUGUGAAGCUGAUCCCGAGGCACAGUACUGACACGGCCGUAUGUGAUGUGCUCAUUCAGAGCAGGUCAAAACAGAGCCCUGCUAACUACACAUUUAUAGGAGAGCUAAAUGGAAUGGCGAUUUGGUAUCUGAUGGGAAGGAUUCCUCAGGCACAUGAUGCACCCCAUACCACACUCUCAGUUCACCAGACAAUUCCAGACUCAGGUCACAUACCAGUGUCGUCCAGCUUCCCAAAGAGGAGCACGGUCAGGCCUGACGUUGAGCACCAGAACUCCUGCAGCACGUCAGAGAAUGCACAAGAAUGAGCAAAUGGCAUGAUCACUUGAAAGAGAGAGCAGACUCCCCACAGAAAGCUCUAAAUACCCACCUGAGAGCAUUUACCAGCUGUGUGUAAUUACUCAUCACACGUCUUUUAUGCAUUCAUAUGAUGAAAUAUUCAACACUGACACACAAGGUAAGAGAGAUGCACAUGAAGAUCCUGCUGACCGCUGGCUGUUUGGCAUAGGUGUUUUCGGUGUUCUGCUGCAUUGAGUAAGGAUCUUUUGAGCACAUGCAGACGAGGCAGGUUUGUGUCUUCUCUGGCUGGAGAGAGACACCAUGUGGUGAAGAUGAUCUAGUUUGCUCCGGUGAGCCAAGAGCCUAACAGUACUGACAGACGCUGCCUUAUUCCUAGAAUUAGCAACAUGAAAGCUGUGUUAAUUCACAACUUGAUUUCUCACAUAUAUAAACAUUAUCUGUUACAUUUGUUACAAAUGCCUUUUGGAAAUGUUUUGAUAUAUUGUAUGCAUCCUACAUCUUCACAUUGCCUAUAUUUUUUGGUAUUUUCACGUUAGGGUGGGCAAUAUAACAAUAUGUUAUUAAGUAAGACGGUUUUGUAACAUAAUGCUUUUUUGAGUGUCACAGGUAUCAUUAGUUCUUCUAAGAACAAUGAACUACUGGAUGCAUUGAAAAAAAAAGAAAGUUAUAGCCUGUAAGCAACAUCCACUGUACCACUGUAUUGUAACUGCAUAAAAUAGUAACAAAUAGCUGAAUGGAUGUCAGCAGAUUCUGCCAUUAUCAUAUUUUAUUUUUACUGUUUUUGCAAAUGUUGCAAAAAAUGUAUUAUACUUAGUUGUUCUUGGUCUUUCUGCAAGCAGAAUGGCUGAUAACAUUCCUGCAAUUCCGUCUCUGUGGCAGUGGCAGUUGAUUGACAGGCGGACACAUGCCCUGCCACCAAUCAUCUCUCUAUCAAAAAGUGCGUGCUAUUGAUCAACCUUUAACAGUGCUUCUUUAAUGUGUCACAAAUGUUUUAGUACUAUCUCCACUGAGCUGAUGUAUGAAUAGAGUCUACUAAGAGAAAUUUUCUUUUCUUUGAAGGAAACUCUUAAUGAUUCGUGUUCAAAUUUUCAGAGGAGAGUCUCCCCCUGUCUCUAGAGUGGCUUAUUUAUGUCUCUUCAUUAACUGGGUGACGACCUGAAGACCAAGACCAAGGUUUGGAGCAGACACCUGGAUUUGCCUUAAUUGUGAGGGACUGUGUGUGUGUGUGUGUGUGUGUGUGUGUGUGUAUGUGUGUGUGUGACAGCUGGCCAGGUUCAGGCUGGUCUAAAACCAUGUGUGCCCUGUCAGGCUAGCAGCGCUAGCUCCUUUAGGAUUGAUGAAUUGCCUGCUUUCCCGAUUAAACCUUCCGUCACUUCUUGAUAAAAGCAAAAAAAAUAAAUAAAUAAAUAAAUAGAUAAAUAAAUAAAGCACAAAAAAGCCCAGCCUAGAGGAAGAGAGUCAACACGUCUGAGAGUCUAUCAUCGUCAGCCGUAUUAUGUGUGGAUGUGAGGUGCCACUGCUUGACAUUUAUUACAAGAAUAUUAAAAACUAAUUCACAUUGAUUUUUGCAACCUUCACUGACAUGACAGUCUCAUUGCAGUGCAAGGGCUUUUACGCUAACAACAGUCACUGCUUUGUUUGACUUUGUUUGCAAUAUCUUUAGAACUGGGUAGAUUAUUGUGAUAGAACUUCAACGUAUUAUAUAUAGGAAUAGUGAAGGAUAUGUCUCCUAAUUAGUAAAAGAAUCAAUAUGAAAAUGUUCCAUUUUCAACAUCUGUGAAGUGAUAUAUUUCAAUAAAUGUUUUAUGAUGGACUUUUUUCCCACUUCCCCACCCCAGACUUUGCUGUCCUGUAAAAAUUUAUCAUCUGAUGGCCUCAUAAAAUACAUUUUGAAGUAUCAAAUCUUCAGGAGUAUGCCCUGUUAUUAAAUAUACACAGCAUUUAUAGCAUAGCAGAUAGCAGUGUGUUUGCGUACUUUUAUCAUACUUGCCAUUCAAAUUUUUCAUCUCUGUGGAAUGACACAGUCAGUUCGGUGUGCAUUACAGUAAUAUAAUGAUAAACCUAAUACAGAAGACAUUCACAUAUCUAUCGCAUUAAUCAAAAAAGAAAAAAAGGAAAAAAAAACCUUGACAUCGCCUCUGAUCUAACCUAAUAUGGAGCGCAAUUAUUUCCCAAUCCAUUAAAAGAAGUUCAAUUAUGAGACGGGAAGACAGUUCAUUCUUAGAGGGAGAGAGAGAGAGAGCAAAAGAGGGGAAGAGAGAGAGAUGCUAGGAGAUGAUCCAAAAUUAACUUGGGUUUGCAAAAUAUCACGCUAGAAUGGGUGACAAUGAUUUUUGAUUUCCCGGAACCGAUAUUAGACUCCUUAUUAAAGUAUGUGCAUCUGCUUUUAAUUUGCUCUAAAUAAUUGGAAAAUGCAACGGAGCUUUCCAAUUAAGGCGCCACUUUACGUGCUUUAAUAAUACCCCCAUAAUAUUAGAGCUUAUGAAAUGACAGGUGAGCUGGUGUAUGAAUAAAACAUAAAGGCUCAUAAUAAGAGACAGAAAAAAAGGGAAC